CGCCCGGUGAGGCGCUGCGGGCGGGGGCUGGGCCUGCGGGGCCGCGGGGGCUCAGAGGCCGCCGCCCCCCUCCCGAAGCCCGUCCGCCCCCUACUCGGAGCCCUGGAUGGAGGCACCACGGCCCCAGGGCUGAGCCAGACCCCCCUCCAGGGUUAAAGCUGCAGCCAGUUGCCGAGGUAACAUUGCGGGGCAGCAUCCCGUCGCCCAGCAACCGGCUGCAGGAUCACGCAUCUGUCCCGGAUUUGCCCCUCCAGCAGCAUCCCCUCCCUACUCCAGCCCCUGCCUCAAGGCACCUUAACUUCUGAUGGAAGAAAUGAGGAAGACCUAGGGGAAAGGGGUCCCCCCUCCCCUGCUGCACAGAUCCGUAGGGAAUGGGCUGCUGAAGGGAGGAAAAGGUGCUGGGAUUGUGUGGUCCCAAGAAAGGCCCCAGUCUGGCCUGGGGUGGGGGUUCAGUGCCAUGAAAUUACAGCUCAGGAGUAAUUAACACGUAUAAACAAACCCGCCACUUCCUGCUAAUUAAUGACUUGGUAUUUUUAUUUUCUCUUCCUUGUCUAUCUCAUCCCUCCCAGGGAGAUGGGAACUGGGACUCCUGAGUCCCUGAGGAGAGCCUGCCUGGGAGGGAUAAAGCAGCUGGAAGGGUGGGGGGCAUGCUGGGUCUAGGGAGCUGGCCCUCCUUCUCCUCUGGCUCUGUCCUGGGCGUAUACUACGUCCUGACCCUAUCCCUAGCCUUAGACUUUUCUAUCUGGGUCCCUGCUUCGGGGAUGGGGUUGCUGGGGUUGGGGGUGGGGGGAGGUGCCAGGGGGCCUGAGGGCGGAAGAAAGGGGGGGCAACUUGGUCUGAAUUCCAAGUCACUAACCACUUGUCUCUUGUUUCCCUGUUCCCUUCUGUCUGCCCUGUUCAAUUUCCCUUCCCUUCUUCCACUUCUCUGUAUUUUUCUGUCUGUCUGUCUGUCUGUCGGUCUCUUGCAUACCCCGUGCCUCCUCCCUGCAGGUCGGGCCUGCCUUCACCUUCUCCCGCUUCCUUCCCCUUCCCCACCCCUUGCCCCCUCCAUGGAGAGGAACAGACCCUUUCUCUGUCCAGUCUAACCCAGGUCCCUCCCCACCCCCCUCCUCCCUCCUUUCCCCCGCCCCCUCCUCCCUACUGGGGCGAGGGGGGGCCUCCCUCCCUCUCCCCCCCCUUCUCUCUCUCUCCGAGGGGGGGGGGUCCCGGGGAGGGAGGGGGGGUCCCCCGAUCAGCAUGUGGCUCCUGGCGCUGUGUCUGGUGGGGCUGGCAGGGGCUCAACGGGGGGGAGGGGGUCCCGGCGGCGGCGGCUCCCCGGGCGGCCCGGGCCUGGGCCUCAGCAGCCUCGGGGAGGAGCGCUUCCCAGUGGUGAACACGGCCUAUGGGCGAGUGCGCGGCGUGCGGCGCGAGCUCAACAACGAGAUCCUGGGCCCCGUCGUGCAGUUUUUGGGCGUGCCCUACGCCACGCCACCCCUGGGCGCCCGCCGCUUCCAGCCGCCCGAGGCCCCCGCCUCGUGGCCCGGCGUGCGCAACGCCACCACCCUGCCGCCCGCCUGCCCGCAGAACCUGCACGGGGCGCUGCCCGCCAUCAUGCUGCCCGUGUGGUUCACCGACAACUUGGAGGCGGCCGCCGCCUACGUGCAGAACCAGAGCGAGGACUGCCUGUAUCUCAACCUCUACGUGCCCACCGAGGACGGUCCGCUCACAAAAAAACGUGACGAGGCGACGCUCAAUCCGCCAGACACAGAUAUCCGGGACUCUGGGAAGAAGCCGGUGAUGCUGUUUCUGCACGGCGGCUCCUACAUGGAGGGCACCGGGAAUAUGUUCGAUGGCUCCGUGCUGGCCGCCUAUGGCAACGUCAUCGUGGCCACGCUCAACUACCGGCUGGGGGUGCUCGGCUUUCUCAGCACCGGGGACCAGGCUGCAAAAGGCAACUAUGGACUCCUGGACCAGAUCCAGGCCCUGCGCUGGCUCAGUGAGAACAUUGCCCACUUUGGGGGUGACCCCGAGCGCAUCACCAUCUUUGGAUCGGGGGCCGGGGCCUCCUGCGUCAACCUUCUGAUCCUCUCUCACCAUUCGGAAGGGUUGUUCCAGAAGGCCAUCGCCCAGAGCGGCACGGCCAUCUCCAGCUGGUCUGUCAACUACCAGCCGCUCAAAUACACGCGGCUGCUGGCCGCCAAAGUGGGCUGCGACCGGGAGGACAGCGCCGAGGCCGUGGAGUGCCUGCGCCGGAAGCCCUCCCGGGAGCUGGUGGACCAGGACGUGCAGCCCGCCCGCUACCACAUCGCCUUCGGGCCCGUGGUGGACGGUGACGUCGUCCCCGAUGACCCUGAGAUCCUCAUGCAGCAGGGCGAAUUCCUCAACUAUGACAUGCUCAUUGGCGUCAACCAAGGAGAAGGCCUCAAGUUCGUGGAGGACUCCGCAGAGAGCGAGGAUGGCGUGUCCGCCAGCGCCUUUGACUUCACCGUCUCCAACUUUGUGGACAACCUGUACGGCUACCCGGAGGGCAAGGACGUGCUUCGGGAGACCAUCAAGUUUAUGUACACCGACUGGGCCGACCGGGACAAUGGCGAAAUGCGGAGAAAGACUCUGCUGGCGCUCUUUACAGACCACCAGUGGGUGGCGCCGGCCGUGGCCACCGCCAAGCUGCACGCUGACUACCAGUCCCCCGUCUACUUUUAUACCUUCUACCACCACUGCCAGGCUGAGGGCCGGCCCGAGUGGGCAGACGCGGCGCACGGGGACGAGCUGCCCUACGUCUUUGGCGUGCCCAUGGUGGGCGCCACCGACCUCUUCCCCUGCAACUUCUCCAAGAAUGACGUCAUGCUCAGCGCUGUGGUCAUGACCUACUGGACCAACUUCGCCAAGACUGGCGACCCCAACCAGCCCGUGCCGCAGGACACCAAGUUCAUCCACACCAAGCCCAACCGCUUCGAGGAGGUGGUGUGGAGCAAGUUCAACAGCAAGGAGAAGCAGUACCUGCACAUCGGCCUGAAGCCGCGCGUGCGCGACAACUACCGCGCCAACAAGGUGGCCUUCUGGCUGGAGCUCGUGCCGCACCUGCACAACCUGCACACGGAGCUCUUCCCCACGACCACGCGCCUGCCCCCGCACGCCACGCGCUGGCCGCCGCGCCCGCCCCCCGGCGCCCCGGGCACCCGCCGCCCGCCGCCGCCCGCCCCGCUGCCGCCCGAGCCCGAGCCCGAGCCGGGCCCCCGCGCCUACGACCGCUUCCCCGGCGACUCCCGGGACUACUCCACCGAGCUCAGCGUCACGGUGGCCGUGGGCGCCUCGCUGCUCUUCCUCAACAUCCUGGCCUUCGCCGCGCUCUACUACAAGCGGGACCGGCGGCAGGAGCUGCGGGGCCGGCGGCUCAGCCCCCCCGGCGGCUCGGGCCCCGCGGCGCCCGGCGGCGGCGCCCUGCUCCCCGCCGCCGGCCGCGAGCUGCCGCCCGACGAGGAGCUGGUGUCCCUGCAGCUGAAGCGGGCCGGCGGCGUCGGGGCGGACCCCGCCGAGGCCCUGCGGCCCGCCUGCCCGCCCGACUACACGCUGGCGCUGCGCCGGGCGCCGGACGACGUGCCUCUGCUGGCCCCCGGGGCCCUGACCCUGCUGCCCAGCGGCCUGGGGCCCCCGCCGCCGCCGCCGCCGCCCUCGCUCCACCCCUUCGGGCCCUUCCCCCCGCCGCCCGCCGGCGCUGCCAGCCACGACAACACGCUACCGCACCCCCACUCCACCACUCGGGUAUAGGGGGCGGCCGGGGGGGGCCCUCCUCCCGGCCCCCCCCGCCCGCCGCCGGGGGGGGGGCAGCGCGGCUCGGCAGGCGGGGGGGAGGAGGACCGGCCCCAGGCUCCCCCUUCCCACGGCGGGGAGCGCUAGGUGGACAUGGGGCUCCGCACCGGGGUGCGUGUCUUUCCCAUGCCCAGAGGCCCGUCCUCUUCUCCGGACCGGGGCCUCGGAACAACGGGGGCUGUUUCGUGCCCUCCUUUGGGACACCGGUCUUCGGUGUGUGGAAACUCGGACGUGUUUUCCCACGUGGAGGCCUGCUUUCUCGCGAGGGGGUGUGUUUUCCCAUGUGCAGGGUGAGGUGGUUUUUUUUUUGCCGCCCUGGACACAUGUUGGCCCCCUCAAAAGAAUUCCUGUGGGGAUUUGUACCCCAGAAUCCCGUGCCCUCAUGCCUUCUCCCCCCUCCCCCCACCUCCCCACCCCAUGGAGACCCUGGAAGUGGUGUGUUCAUGGACAGUGACCCUUGGGAAGGUACCGAGGAAAUCAGUCGUCCCCCCCCCACUCCCACUCCGUGCCCCACCCCCCCUCUGCCCCAGCGAAGCAUGUUUUUCCCCCGUGGCAUACGUCAGAUGAAGCCGGUGCUCUGGGUAGGAUUCCCCGCCGGGGGGAAGGGAGGAGAUCCGUGCGUCCCUGUGCUGCCCGGGAACUUGUUUUCCCACGGGUCCAGGACACAUCUCUCCGAGUGGAAACAUGUUCUUGCAUGUGGAUGUGUGUUUCCCAUGCAGACGGCCCCUUUCCUGCCAGCAAUCCCCGGGGUCUGGGGCCUGAGGCCUAGCACUUAGCUCCUCCCUGCCCAGCAGGUGGGGACAGACUUCAGACUGACCUAAGCUGAGUGUGUGUGUGGGGGGGGGUGUACAAACCCUGGGGGCAGAGCUCUGCCCGUCUCCCCCCCCAAGAGAUGCCAAGUUGGGGGGCAUGGCGUGCCACCCACAGAGGCCAUGCAUGUUUGACCAAAGCCCUCACUGGGGUCUGAGGACAGCCUUUCCCUCAAUCCUCAGACCAUCGCUCAUCCGUGCCAAACUGGGUUAGGUGGGUUUGAGGGGCGGGGAAGACCCCCCAAAUGUGCCAAGGAUUCCCCAGUCCUGGUCCAGGACAGGUAAAUGUGGGGACAGGUGGGGUACGGGGGACGGAAGCGGCAGCGAAAGGGGUCCCGCCUGUGUCUCUCCUCCCUCCCCCGUGUCUCAUUCCUCCCUCUCUGCCUCAGUGUCUCUCCUCCCAUCUCUGUCUUCCUCCUCGAAGCCAUCCCGUGUCAGCGUGAGAGCACCUUCUCCCCUCAGCCACCCAUCCCCUUCUUUGACGAGGCCCCCCCUUCCAUCAGCCGCCAGGGCUGAAGGAAAGGAACCGUGGAAGGAGGGCGCAGGCGGGAAAGGCUUCACGGGACAGGCUGGGGAGAGAAUGAGGUCAGCGGUGCUGAGGGACAGAUGGAGGGGGCAGUGGGGGACGGGGCUCAGCGGACAACAGCAGGGAGAAUUUGAAAGGACACGCGUGCGGGGUGACUGCCCCGGAGAGGAACGGCCCGAGGAGAGAGGGUUUGGCCUCUGGGGAGAAGGACGGUAUCAGGAAGGGCUUUAAGGGACACCAGUGGAGGCUGGCCUUUUACGGGUUCGUUAGUGCCAAACUCGAGUAGGGGGUGGGGGGGGCUGUCUUCCACUGACACCCAGAUCCGGGAUCCCUGGUCUUGGCUCCCCAGAGCUCUGCCUCCUGUCCCUUCUCCUACCUCCCCCCAGGGAAACUUAGUUCUUUUCUGACCCCUUCCCUUGCCUGAUCUAGCUCCUCUCCAAACAGCCAUGCCCUCGAAAUGCUAGGGACCUGGGCCCUGAACCCUGUAGACAGAUGCCCCCCCAGACUGGGGCAUGGGAGGGGGGCUGGGGGACCCCAUGAUUCAGCCACGGACUCCAAUGCCCAGCCCCUCUCCCCAGAACAAUCCCCGGACGAUCCCACGUCCCUGCCCCAACCCUUCGCGGCUCUGUACACAUUUUUAAACCUGGCAAAAGAUGAAGAGAAUAUUGUAAAUAUAAAAAUUUAACUG